GCCCCGCCGCCGCUGCUGUCGCCGUGCCGUCGGUAUGACACCCGCCUCCCUCCCAGGGGACCGGCUGGGACGUUCGGUGAUGCUGGGCCCCGGCGAGGUGCAACGGGUGUUGCUGUGGGGUCUGGCCGCCCUGGUGGGUUCCUGGUUGCUGUCGCGGUUGUGGGGGCUGCUGCUGCGGGCGUUCCACUGGGUGAAGCUCUGCUGCUUCCUGGGUGCCUUCCUCCACGUCGCGGUGUCCCAGGAGAGCCCCACGGUGCAGGCAGGGAUGUUGCUGGGGCUGUGGGUGCUCUACACCCUUUUGGGGUGUCUAGUAGGACCCCCCAGCCCCAGCCCCCAGCUGGAUGCCGCCGUGCGCAGCCUAGAGUGGAAGGUGGAAGAGCUGCGACGGCGGCAGAAGUGGGGGGGGCCCCGUAACCGGGAGGAGUGA